CGCUAGAGUUGUUGCUUCUUCUCUUGAAUUGUAUACGGCGGCAGUGCUAUUGUAAGCAAGGAAAUGUUUCGCCCUCGGCGCGUCCCUCUUCUCCUGCCACGCUCGCUCGGUCUGGCGGAAUCGAUCUGGGGGGGCUUGUUUUUGCAGCUAUGAUUACGUGCUCGGUCUUGUCCUCCUGUUUCAAGCGCAAUGAUGGGAAGGAGUACCGUAGCUGGUUGGUCCACCAGCCUACUUCAACAACUGGUGUGCCCAUGACAGCCUAGCUCUGGUUGUUGGCCCAUUGUAGCGUAGAAACUAACUGGUUGAUUAGGAUUUAGAUAUAUUGGCCACGCAAAGGUUAAUACCAUGGUAUUACCAUGGUAGUACCCCGGUAGGCGUUGGGUUGUGUGCUUCGGUGAGGAGCGGCCAUCCUGGGGCGGGCCGUAUGCUCGACGACCUAACCUUUUGCUCUUGUCCUUCGCGCGCGUAUGGGAAACAAAAAAAAACUCGGGUCGAUGACCAUUGCAUGUAGCAGAAUUGAGCAGUGGAACAGAGGAGCAUAGAGCUGACGAUUGGGGACCAGAAACCAAAUCAAUGGAGAGCCGGCGCGAUUCUGCCGGCGUUUGUUUGGUGACCUGAACGUAUUGUGCAAAAAUGUAGAUAGGUGUUGGAAGAUUUAUUGUGUACUCGAGGCAGGGAGGUUUCUCUACACCGCUCUUUUGAUUGGGGGGGAGGGGGCGAACGAGGUGUCUCGUGUGGAUGUCCACCUAUCUAUGCUCCAUGGCCUGGAGUCUGAGAGCCCCCCAUCCCAGCGUUAAAUUUGGUGCAAGACGACCUUUUGAGAGGAGGACGAUGCCACGACCGACUUUUGACAAGCGCACCAGCUCGCGACAGGAUUGUUUCGAUGAAUGACUCGAGUUGUUGUCGCGAUAUAGGAUAUCGAGUUGGCCCGCCUUUUCUAAUAGAAGUACGCUCGUUCGUACCGUUGACGACAAUUCGCUGAGCGGGUGUCGUUUCUAAGCCGACCGCUGGCUGUUCUGCAGGUCUCACUUGCGUAUGUAUGCGUUUUUUUUCAUCUCUGUUGUCUCUUGUGCGACAACCAAGAUGGAAGCCAGCAGCCAACGGACGGACGUUGUUCCGGAACGUAUUAUAGUACAAAACGCCUGACACGUCCCAUGGGCAUGACAUGGGGCGGCCUGUCUGUGUGAAAUGCCAAAAUAAUAGUGUCAACAACUUUAACUUUCGGCGGCCCUGAACGACAUCAUUACUGGGCUCACUGAUGAAUGAAUGUACUCUUUUU